AUGUCUAAACAUGCAAAUCAUCUCCCAGAUUUAGACAACCUCAGUUUUAGAGACUCAAGAUAAAUCCAAGAAUUGAGAAAGAAACUAGACGAACAAAAGGAAGCCUUAAAAGAACUCGUUAGUCUAGUCAAAGAAUCCAAGACUGAAUCCUUAAAACAAAAAUUUACCCCUUAGUUCCGAUUGGCUAAACCAGAACAAGAUUAAAUUACAUUUGAACUUUUAGAAGAAGUGAAAACUCUAAGAAGAUAAAUAAAUAACAUCGAAUCUGGACCUAAAAGCAAUCCUAUUUAAAAUCCCAUCAUAAUACCCCAAUAUCUACCAACCCCUUAACAAGCUCUGUUAUAACCAAUGCCUCCUUACAUGUACAUGAAUCCCUAUUUUCAAAUGCCCUAAUCUUUUAUGCAUUAGCAACCUUAGAAUCAAGCCCAUAAAAAAAAAGUAGAUCCCUAUAAAAAGUUAGUCCUCAAGAUCUUAUAAAAAGGAGAACAAUAUAAUCAUCGAAGUAGAAGAGACUCAAAUCAAAGCGAUUAUUCAGAGGAUUCAAAUGAUCUCUCUAAUCCUAGAUCGAACAGACAUCGUUCACAGAAGGAUAGACAUAAGGAUAAAGGUCGUGAUUUGUCAUAUUAAAAUAAAACAAGUAAAGGAUCUCUGCAUGAUAGUUAUGUGAGCAAAUACACUAGAUCAUCAGUCAAAAUAAAAGCAAAGAAACCAAGGGAAUUUACAGAGACAGAGAAGUUGCAAUUGAGAAGAAAGCUUAGUGGAACAUUUUGGUUUAUACGGAUUGGAUUGGUCUUAAGGAAGUAUCUAAGAAGAGUGUGGUUAAAUAGAAGAUAAUAAUAUUACGAAAAUGAAGCAUAAUAACUAAUAGAUAAAUUUGAUCAUGAAUUUGUAAUCAAUAAUAAAAUUUAGAUAGAACCACAAAGAAGUAUUCAUAUUGCUUGUUGUUGAAUGUAAUAAAAAUAGAUUAUUUAACAAAAACUGGAAUAUUUAUGAUAAUAGAGAUAUUGAAGCAAAAUCUAAAAUAGUUUUUUAAAUACUAACCAUCUUAUUUAAGAAAUUACCAUUCUUGACUAAGAAUUCAAUAAGCGAAGAGCAUAAGUAAUUUGUAAAGAAAAUCUCAUCUCCAGGGGGAUUCUUAUUACCGGGACAUCCUAAGUUUGUAACUGAUAGAGUGUAAUUGAGACCAAAUGUUACUAUUGGGUAAUAAUUUCAUAUAUUUAGAGAUAAAUUACUGCUGAAGUAAGCAAAAUGAUUUAAAUGGAUUAUGUUUAUAUAUAGGUAAUUGUGCAAAAGGUUUUACUUAUUCAUGAAUGGUAUUCAUAAUUCAAUAAAAUUCCUAAUCACAAAGAGGCCAUGAAAAUAUUGGUUUCAGUUUUGCAUUAAUUGUUUAUUGAUUAGUUUAGUACUCUGAAAGUUUAUGAAAAUAAUGAUGCCAUUUAUAAUGUAAUUAGAAUAUUUAUUUUCAUAGAAAUAAUAAGUAGUUUUUUGCGACUUUACUUAGUUCAAUUAUGUGGAUAUUGCUAUAACUAUUGAUGAUAAGCACUUUAGAUACGAAGUGACUACAGACUGUUGCAUUUUAGGAUUAGCUACUAAGGAAGAAUUGCAAUAAUUAUAUGAUCAAGCUGGCUAUAAGGAAUUGUAGACUACGUUCAAAGAGUAUUGUGAUUAUUUUUAUUCAUAAAUUAACUUUUGAAUUUUAUUGGAAUUUCAGAUGGUUCUUGCAUACGUAAUCGUAAUAAUUAAAUUAUAAUAGUGAUGAAAUUAUUAGAUGACACUUUAGACUCUAAGAGCACUGAUGUUUACUAUGAAUCAAGCAGCCGAUAUUUAUAAUUAACUCUGUUUUUAGGAGCUCUGGUUUCUAAUAUAAUGUUUGGAUUUUCAUUAUCUCCAAUCACCAAAGAAAUUUCAACUAUUUAUGGAGUUUCCUAAACGUAAAACAUAUGAUAGAGAACUUAGGUGGCUCUAAUUGUUAAGUGUGAGCUUUACCCUAUUCUCAGCAAUUAUGAUCAUCCCAGGAAAUAUUUUAAGCGAAAAAUACGGAAUAUAAUAUAAUAUAAAAUUGGGUAUAUAUAGUGUAUAAAUCUUGAGGUUGUCUUCUGACAUUUAUAGGAUCCCUUAUGGCAUUGCUAGUUAAUUACUCAUUCUGGUGGCUCUAUUUUGGUGAACUUGUAUCUUUGGUUGGAUUUCCUUUCCGCUUGAUUUCUGCAUCCAAAUUUACAGCCAAUUGGUUUUACCCAAAGAAUAGGAUUAUCAUUAUGGUUAUUAUCGCUCUUCUUUUUAAUUCAAGUACUGGAAUCUCUAUUAAAAUACCGCUAUUUAUAUUUGGUGAUUAUGAUGUGGAAUUAGAUGCCUUGAAUGAUUACUCAUAAGGUAGAACCUAUGUAUUUUAACUGAUGGCCUUCUUGGCAGGAAUUAUGUUUAUUACAACAGUUCCGACUUUAAUAUUCUUCAAGGCUAAGCCCAGACAUCCUCCAUCAUACAGUGCAUCUGAAGUAUACAAACAACUUUAAAUUCUAGCAAUGCGUUAGGGAGAAUUAUACAAAGGCAGCGAAAAUGUUGAUAAAAAAUGCUGAUUAUCUAAAAUUAGCUUUUGCUUUUUCAUUAAUCUUGGGACCCGUUUUGUUACUCACAGUGCAAAUGGAAUUUGUUGUGAAACCUUUUGGGUAUAAUUUGGAAUAAAUCUCAAAUGUUAUUCUUGUAGGUGUUAUUGCAGGAUUGAUUGGAGAUGUGGUUGUUGGAUCAUUUGUAAAAAAGUUAGGAAAAUAUAAAAUAGUGUUACAAAUUUGUAAUGCUACUACUACUUUAUUUUAUGGAUUCCUUAUUUUAAGUCUUGUUUUAAAGGUUCAUUGGCUAUUUUAUGUAUGUUACUUCUUUGUUUGUAUGUGUUCAAGUAUUUUGGCACUGACAUUUGAAUUUUCAUGUGAAAUUAGUUUCCCCGUCAGUGAAACCUCUACUAUUGCAUAUUUAGGAUUAAUUGGAAAUGGAUUUAACUUUUUAUAAGCUAUUCCUGAAAUUCUUAUACUCCAAGUAAAUCUAUAAAGAAUUUUAGGUCGGUAAAGAGAGCACCUCUAUAAUUACUUUGAUUAUUAUGUUUGGAAUUGGACUGUUUGGUAAUUUUGUUUCCUACUCCAUCAAUGAAAAGUUAAAGAGACAACAAGUGGAUAAUCUUCACGAUACAAAGUAGAAUUUAGAAUCACAAUAUGAUACUGAUUGA